CACGAAAUGGCAGAAGAACUGAAACACAUGAACAAGUAUAAGUCCAUCAUAAAGCGGGUGGGGCGAAACCAUGGAGUGGCGCCAUCCGUCAUAGCUGGUAUCAUCUCACGAGAGACCAGGGCUGGGACAGGAGCAGGACUGGACAAUGGUUGGGGGGACAAUGGAAAUGCAUUUGGACUCAUGCAGGUUGACAAAAACUAUCACCGUCCACGGGGGAGAUGGGACAGUGAGGAACAUCUGAGUCAAGCAACUGGGAUUCUCGUUGAUAUAAUUGGAUCGGUCCAGAAAAAAUUCCCUUCAUGGACCGAAGAGCAGCAGCUGAGAGGAGGAUUAGCAGCGUACAAUAUGGGGCUGGAUAAUGUCCACUCAUACAGCGAAGUGGACAAGAAGACCACUGGGGGGGACUACUCCAAGGAUGUUCUUGCCAGAGCUCAAUUUUACAAAAGCAAUGAUUAUUAAAGUCAACUCAGUGGUUACCUCCAAGUCUUCAAUUAAGACCAUUGUGAA